AUGUCUUCUACAACUACAACAACCACAACCACCACCACCACUCCUCCCACCACUUCUGCCAUGCAGACCCGUCACAGCAGCGGCCACUCUCACGGCCAUGGCCACCACCACCACCAUCACGGCCACGACAAUGUCUACCUGACCUCCUCCAACAAGAACGACGCCGGCGUGCGCAUCACCCGCAUCGGUCUCUACUCCAACCUCGGCAUGGCCAUCGCCAAGGGUGCUGGCGGCUACGCUUUCGGCUCCCAGGCAAUGGUUGCUGACGCCUGGCACAGUCUGACCGACCUGGCGUCUGACAUUCUGACGCUGGCCACCGUCUCCUGGAGUCUUAAGCCCCCUACCGAUGGCUUCCCCACUGGUUUCGGCAAGAUCGAGAGCUUGGGAUCUUUGGGUGUUUCCAGCAUGCUCCUCGGCGGCGGCCUGUUCAUGUGCUGGAGCAGCAUGCUGACCCUCUACGCCCACCUGUUCUUGGACCCUGCAGCAGCGGCUGAGGCGAUUGCCCAUGCCCAUUCCCAUGGCCACAGCCAUAGCCACGACCACUCUGGCCCGAGUCUGCACGCCGCCUGGUUGGCUCUCGGCACGGUUGCAAUCAAGGAAUGGCUGUACCAAGCAACAAUGAAAGUCGCCGUCGAACGAAAGUCGUCUGUCCUCGCCUCCAACGCCGUUCACCACCGUGUCGAUAGCUGGACUGGAAUUGUCACACUGCUUGCCAUUCUGGGUGCAAACUUUUUCAAGGAUGCUGCCUGGCUCGACCCUGUUGGUGGCCUGAUGAUCUCCCUGCUCGUCAUCAAGGCUGGCGCUGAGAACACCCUCUCCGCUCUGUACGAACUGGCCGACCGCAGCAUUGAUGCCGAGGUCAAGGAGUCGAUCGAGAAGCACACCCUGAGAAGCCUGUCAGAAAUUACCGAAGGCCACGAGGUCGAAGUCAGAGACAUUUCCGGAGUCAAGUCUGGCCAGAACUAUCUCGUGGACAUCGAAUUGGCUGUUCCUGGCGUCUGGUCUGUCGAGCACGUCCGCGCUGUCGAGGAGAAGGUCCGUACCGUGGUUGGCUCCAGCGUUCGUGGCGUACGGAGGAUCAAGGUCCGCUAUGUCCCGAAGGAGGCUGCCCUCGCGCCCAAGUUUGACGAGUUCAUCCCGGGCGAGGCCAACAUGGACAAGGCCGAGGAGGAUGACCAGGCCAACGGCAACGGCCACCACAAGCACCACUGA